GAAGAAGAUAACUCGCGGUUUGUUAUCGACCGAUGACAUGGCAGACCCCGAUUGGUUUUUGUUUAUAAGAGUGGGUGGACAUCGAGGUGACGGUAGUACGUAACGGUGCAUGUGAUAUCCUGUGUUCUCCUGAUAUUGCUUUACAAACAAUUCAUCAUGGCCACUAUAACCAUGUCCGAGCUUUCCACCGGCAUCGAGGAUGCCACCACGAACGCGCCCUGCAAGAAGGUUCUAGAAGGAAUCCUAAACGACUAUAUGGAUCUCGCGUACGGAAAGGAAACUCCAUACACCACUGGCAAAACAAUCGUCCCCUCUGGAUCUACCAUUGAAGAUGUGAACAAGGCGAUCGCUGAUGGCACCACGAAGAAACCUUACAAAGAUGUGUUCGUAAGAAUCUCUGAGACGGUGAAGAGUGGACAUAGCGCUUCUCAGAAAAAUGAUGGCAGUUGGGACGCUAAGUUAACACCAGUACUGGUACUUGUAAGGGCUAAUAAUGCUUAACGGUUUUGACCAAGACACAGAUAUGUAUGGUUAUGUUUUAUACCUACAGGCCAUUAUGAAGAACUGAGCAAGAUCUUUACGCUUAAAAUAUAAACAUAUCGUAUCAUAGCAUCAUUGUGGAGAAUCAGGAGAUAAAUUUUGGAAUGUCCCACGUUAAGGAAAAAGUAUCGUAACUACUUAUUAUAUAUCAUGUAAUUUAUUUACUUACGUUCAUUUCGAUUUUGCCUAUUUAUUUGAUGAUAAAUAAAUAAUUAAGCAUUA